AUGUGCCGUAUAGUGUGCCUACACUUACCAAGCUCUGUAGCGAGAACCUUACCCGCUGCCCUUUUCCAAACUUCAGGUUGCCUAUGCAAGACCCAGGCUCACCAGCCGUCGCCGGCUUGUCUCCCUCUCCCUGGCGCUAUCCAUACGCAUGAUCAAGAUCAACCCAUCCUGGAGCGCUUGCAGACGGUCGAUUCGAUUUGUACCUACCGCAGCCAACCCCCAUCCUAA